GUCCACUGACUGCUCUGCUGCAGGGAUCAGUUGAGUUCAACCCCUCUUGUUUCCAGACAUGGCAUUAAAUGGCAAAACUGCAGUCGUGACUGGAGCAGCUCUGGGGAUUGGAAGAGCAAUAACGGAGAUACUUGUGAAAAAUGGUGCCAAGGUAGCCCUCCUGGAUGUGAAUGAAGCUGAGGCGAAGACUUUGAAAAAAGCUCUCGACAAGCAGUACGGACAAGAGAACACUUUAUUCGUAAAGUGUGAUGUUGAGUCCGAGGAGCAGAUCAAAGCUGCCCUCCAGACCACAGCGGAUACCUUCGGAGGGAUUGACAUUGUGUGCAACAAUGCCGGCAUCUUGAAUGAGGGCGAGUGGGAGAAAACCGUCUCCAUAAACCUGUUGGGUGUUAUUAGGGUGACUUAUUUGGUUCUGAAGCACAUGAACAAGCUGAGUGGAGGUCGGGGUGGAGUCGUGGUCAACACAGCAUCUAUGGCAGGUCUCGGCCCAUUUCUGACCUGUCCUGCCUAUUCAGCCACGAAGCACGGCGUGGUGGGCUUCACUCGGUCCAUGGCGCUGGCCUCCAUUGUCUCAGACUAUGGUAUUCGCUUCAAUGCAGUUUGCCCAGGUUUUGUCCAAACUGACCUCAUGGACAACAUUCCAAACAACCUGGGACAGUUUUCCCACCUGGCUGAUAUAGAAAAGGAAAUGGUUGAAAAAAUGGGGACAAUCCAAAACAGGAACGUUAUUGAGGUCUACCCUCCAUCACACUGGACCACAGAGGUGAUCGCCUUGGUCUGGAUCGUUGGGAACAUCUGGUUUGAUGAACUGAGAGCUACAGAGAACAUGAACAUCCAGCUGUGGUUGUCUGAAGAGUCUUUUCUCCUUCAUCACUGUGAGGAAGAGCAGCACUGAUGUCCUCCUCAUCUUUCCACUAAUAACAAUACUGCUGCAGAUUCAGCUCCUCUCUUCAGAAUACAACUUGUCUUGUGACUGUUCAGUUUUUACAUUUCACUGUCAGCAACACAUUGUUUAUUUCAUCCAUUUAUUUCAUGUGUUUACACAUCUUUACAGUUCAGAAUUGUUAAUGUAGUUUUUAAAUGUGCAAUAAAGGUAAUAAUGAAGCUCCUGCCCUGAA